AUGAAACCAGGCUCUCUCAAGGGGGUAGCGGGGCGUGUCAAAGGAUAUACACCUCAGAUUAUAUAUCAUGACAGAGGGGUCAUCGUAGUCAACAAACCUCCAGGGCUGGUAACCCAAACAAGCAAGACCCUGAAGAACGGCGCUCAUCGCGACGCUUAUUCCAUCUUUCUCGAUGAAGUGAAGACUCAGCUCAAUCUCCACACCAGACCCCUCCACGUACAUCGUCUAGACAAGGCGACUACUGGAGCCUUGGUCCUUGGCCGCUCUCCUACACUUGCCAAGGAUCUUUGCAAGCAGUUCGCGGAGCGGUCUGUGGACAAAUCAUAUCUUGCCCUCGUACAUUGGCACCGCCAUGAAGUUUCGGGCGCGACGGGCCAAGUCCAUGUGCAUCUUUGCAUGGAGGAUGGCCGAAUUGACAUCGCGCGUUCAAUGGACGAUGCAGGCAAGCUGUCCGUGACAAGCUGGGAAGUUGCAGCAACAUCCACAAUUCUCCCGCUCGCGCUGCUUCGGCUCGAUUUGCAUACAGGUCUGAAGCAUCAGUUGCGCGUAGUGCUUGCGCGAUACUUUCAGGCACCCAUUCUCGGCGAUUCUCUCUACGCCAAUCCUUUACCCCGAGAUAACACGCAAGGCAAGAUCCACGGAAUUCCCUCGGACCGACUAUUCCUGCAUUCCUCAAGCAUCUCUAUCUGGGCAAGUCCUCCGAACAUUCUCAUCGCUCCUCGCAAGCACUCACGAUAUAUUUCUUCCAGCGUCACGCGCCCUCAGGCCGAAGACGCCGCCUGA